UCUCUUCUCCUCUCUAUCAGUCACCACGAGGCGGAUACCAGGGCAAGGAGGGCUUCCAGGAAAGGUCUCCGGGCACCAGAAGUCACGCAGGUGGACUCGUGUAUACGGUCCCGUGGUUGAGGUCCCCAAGUUGUUCAUACACAGCCUCAAGAAAAUGGAAGCGCCUUUGAUGGAGCUGCUUAAUAGCAUGGACGAAGACGAGAACAGUUCUGCUAAGAUUGAGCUGCCUCCUUAUUACGACGCUCUGCUCGAGGAGGGCGACGCCCGCCGCCGACGUGAUGACUCUAUCUCCGAAGACAGUGACGAGGAGCUUGGGAACCCCUACCUGGUCCUAGACAACAUGAUGGGGCAGAUGUACGAGGGCGUUAAGGAGAAGAUGAUAUUGCUGAUGGCGUUCUUGAGCAAGGCGAUGGUGGUGCUGGUGGCGCUGAUGGUGCUGAUCCAGAUCCUCAGUUUACUCUUCAACUUCGCCUUCGAUGAUGAUUUCGAGGACGAAGAGAAGGUGUUUUAAACGUUCUGGCCUCAGCAGCUUGGUAAUAAUGCGUGCAUAGUCCAGUGUUCAUAAAUGGGUGUUCUCGUGUGUUUUUUCUACCUUCGUGUUUUAGUAUUCGUCAGUCGGUUUUAGUUUCAUGAGGUAAAAAGUAAAGAUGAAUAGGCAGAGUUUAGUUCAGUGCCCCCUUCAUGGUCCAUCUCUGAAGGCUAUCAUCUUUACCAUUUUUAAGUGUUCGUGUAAGUCCGUAUGUUUUAAAUUGUCCGCUGAAAAGAAGGAAGGAUAUGAAUAGGCAAGAGUUUAGUUCUGUUCCCCCUUCAUGGUCCAUCUCUGAAGGCUAUCAUCUUUACCAUUUUUAAGUGUUCGUGUAAGUCCAUACGUUUUAAAUUGUCCGCUGAAAAUAAGUAAUGAUAUGAAUAGGCAAGAGUUUAGUUCUGUUCCCCCUUCAAGGUCCAUCUCUGCAGGCUAUCAUCUCUUCCAUUUUUAAGUGUUCGUGUAAGUCCGUAUGUUUUAAAUUGACAUCUGAAAAGAAGUAAUGAUAUGAAUAAGCAGAGUUUAGUUCUGUUCCCCCUUCAUGGUCCAUCUCUGAAGACUAUCAUCUCUACCAUUUUUAAGUGUACCAUUUUUAAGUGUUCGCGGAAGCCCAUAUGUUUUAAACUGUUAGCCGAGAAGUAAAGUCACGCAUAAUAAAGUAUUGUGUCUCCUCCA